AAAAUAUCUCUUUAUCCUCGCCAUCUCGUUCUUUCCGCCCCUUUCUGCAGGUGUUGUAUCGAACUCUGUGUUCCCGUCGGGAUCUGUAUCCUCCUGGCCCCGGCCCCGUCUAAACUGCGAAGAAAGAAUGGCAGCAUCAAAUGCCGACGUUGUGGCACGAGAAAGAAGCGGACACACGGCCGUGGUUUCAGAAAACACUUUAUUUGUGUGGGGAGGUUAUGUGUCAGUUGCUGAUCAUGAAGUCUUCCUCCCAAACAAUGAGAUUUGGUUGUAUGACCUGCACACUGGUUUAUGGAAAAGGUGUGACAUGAGUGGGGAAGUUCCUCCAUCCAUGUCAGGUACCUGUGGUUGCAAUCUAAAUGGAACCAUGUAUAUAUUUGGAGGUUGCAGUGAUGAUGGUCAGACCAAUGAGCAAUAUUCUGUCAAUCUCUACAAUGGGAAAUAUGCAUGGAAGAAGUUACGUCAUUGCUCAGGGUUACGGCCCUCACCCCGUGACAAGCUUUCCUGUUGGGUUCACAAAGGAAGGAUUAUUUACUUUGGUGGAUAUGGCCAUAAGCUUCUCAGUGACAUCACCAAUCCUGGCACUUUCAUUGUGGAUGAAGCUUCUUGGGCUGAAGACAUCUUUUGGGGUUGGAACAGUGAAGUUCAUGUGUUUGACCCAGUAUCAAAAGGUUGGACAGAACCACAAACAUUUGGGCAUGCCCCUGCCCCGAGAGCUGCCCAUGCCAGUGCCACCAUAGGUAAUAAAGGGUAUGUUUGUGGUGGACGAAUAAUGGAUACAAGAAAAUGUGAUCUUCAUUGUCUGGAUUUAAAUACAUGGAUGUGGUCUGAAAUUGUACCAACCAGCACACUUCCUUUAGGCCGCUCAUGGCAUACACUAAAUGCUGUUUCAGACACAGCACUCUUUCUCUUUGGUGGACUUAGUGUGGAUUGCACACCCAUGAGUGAUGGAUGGAUGUUUGAUCUGAAGACAAAUGAAUGGACAGAAAUUAAGCAUUCAAACAUGGACAAACCACGGCUAUGGCACACUGCUUGCCUGGGAAGGGACUCUGAUGUUGUUCUGUUUGGAGGAAGCCAUGAUUAUAUUCUUUUAGUAGACUCGGGUCAUUGCAAUGACACUCUUGUGUUCCAAACACAGCCUUACUCACUAAUACGGUUAUGUGAGGACUUCAUUGCAAGCAGUGCCAAAAUGUUUCAGACCCAGCUUGCAAGUUUACCACCCAAACUAAGAUGCAGUAUACAGAACAGGAUAACAUUUUUCAGGUCAACAAGAAAGUCAUCAAAACACUGGAGUAAUUUCUCUGGAAACACAAUAUCAUGUGGGCAAUGAUGUCUAUGAUGUCACUGUUUUAUCAGUGAUUCGGUGCUCUUUCACAUAGAAAAAGAAGUAAUUUUAGCAGAAUUUUAAACUUAUUUAUAUUAUGGGUUUCAGUUGAUAUUUGGGUAUUGUCCCAACACUAAAUUCUCUUUUGAGGAAGUUUCACAUAUGAAGCACUGUGUUGUUCAUUACAGGGACAAGAAAAAAACUGUGCUCUGAAAUGUUGGAAAUUCAAUUAAUAUAAGGAGAAAAAAAAUAUGACAUGAUCAUGUAAUGCAGCACAAAUAACAUCUCAUCUGGACAGAUUAAGAAAGUUAUGUUUACUUGCUUAGUUCAAACCAAUAAGGUUUGCAUUAGUGUGACUUCAAGUAAUUGACUGCAUGACCGAGAAGGCAAAGGUCUCAUUUUCAUUAUCAUUAAAUAGGCCUUAAAUAUCCAUCUGUCCAUCCAUUUUUUUUUUUGUACUGCUUAUCCUACACAAGGUCACGGGGAGCCUGUUGUCUGUAGUUUGUGAAUGGGUGUGCAAUUGCACCCUGCGAUGGGUUGUCCCCUGAGUCCCUUGUAAUAUAUAGUCCCUUGGGGGACAACCCAUCGCAGGGCACAAUUGCACACCAAUUCACACACUACAGACAAUUUAGAGAUGCCAACAUCUCUAAAUUCAGCCUACAAUCAGCGUUCGUACAGAUGCUUCAUAUGAAAUUCCAGGACUUUCAAGGACACUUCAAGCACUAUUUUUUUUUAAGGACUUUACAAGUGAUGUCAUUCAAACAUAUUAUUUAUUUCUUCUUUUUAAAUUCCAAAAAUUAAUACAUAAAUAAAUAAAUAAAUACACAAUAAAUUUUUAUAUGGUGCCUUUUACAACCAUGCUGGACUAAAUUUGCAUUUCCCAGGCAUUUCUUCAUCUUCAUCUUCAUCUUCCAUAACCUUCACUGAUCUGGACAGGGUAUCCCAAAGGUCUCCAUACAUAGGGGAAAUUAACAUUUGUAGCAAAAUGUCUUCCAAAAUUUUUCAUACUUAGUUUAUUUAUUUAUUUUUUCCAGAUAGCCUUCAAGAAUGACAAAAGAAGAACUUAUUGAAAUCAUUCUCAUGGCUGGAUUGGGAAGUUGUCGCAUGGCAAGCACACCACACACAAGAUUGUUGCCAAACUGGGAGCCAAAGUUGAGAGAGACAACUCCAUGAGUGUUUACAAAGAAAUGGCUAUCAUGUAGAGGAUGUUUUGUAAAUAAAGUUACAUUUAGCUAAAAAAAAAGAAAAAAAAAGUGCUAAUUCCCCCUAUGUAUGGAUACUUUUGAGACACCCUGUAGAGUGACAGGAGCACUGUUACCAACAACUUUCAAUGGAAAAUUGCUAAAAGUUACUAGAUGAUGUCAAGCACUAAUUAACAUAUUCAUUAAUUUAUGGCUUUGUUUUUGCGUUCUGCCUAGUGUCACCUCUUUACACCUAUUUUCUUCUCUCCUACUCUCUGGCCUCACAUACUGUAUUUUAAUACAGUGGAAUUCCCAAUAAAGCUGUUCUCAUUUACAUAUUUUUCUGUAAAUAUUUCUGUGACUGAAACAUGGCCCAUUAAGACUACAUGUUAACCAACAGACACUUCCAAGCUGCUGCUCUGCAUUGCUAAAAUCCUGAUUUAUAACCACAACAUCGUCUGACAAAAUCACCAGACACACAAUUGGUGAUUUGGGGGGGAGGGGGAAGUCAUAUAUUUAGUGAAAGGACUGUAUUCGUAUUCUAUUGAAAAUAAACACUUUAAAGUUA